AUGUCCGCUCUUGGUUCUUGGUUCCUGGUUCCUGCGUCUGAUUUGUCCGUGUUUGUCGUAAAGGGUCCCCAUCUUGACGCUGAAGGCGUGCGCCACAAAUGA